AUGAAUCACUGUGUCGCGAAGAGAUUCGUCCUGGAAAUGGCUGAAACUUCCAAAAUCCGACUUGACUCUGUAGUUCCCACCCGCCUUGAAGUCAGGAAAAUCCCUUUUCAGGCGAUAGACCUCAAGAAUCUGCCCUAUCCGACGAACUUCUUCUCCCACGUCUUCCACGUCGACGUCUUCUAUUUUCUGCGACAGGAAGACCUUCCGAGGAUCGCCGCAGAACUUCUGCGGGUUCUUCAGCCCGGCGCUUCUGUCUCCUGCGCCAUGCAGUUUUCAAAGUUUAUAAAUUUCCUUUAUUUUUCAAGAAAAAGCUGAUCAAUCAUUAUUCGAAGCGUUUGGAAUCAUUCACAUAGGAUAAUUCAGAGAAAAAAACUUUCUCAUGUCGAGCAAAAAAAUUUCAAAGCUCAAUCUUCAAUUUUUUUGGCAGGAUUUCAAAGUUUGCACAUUUCUUUUUCCUUCUCAAGCAAAAACUUUACAAUCAAUAUUUUAAUGGGGAUGCAUUUUGAAGUUUUUUUAGAUUCAAAAAGAUCAUCUCUCAAUAAUUUUUUUUCUAAUCUUGGUCGAAUGUGGAAUGGCUAAAUUUUGGAAAUAAUGGAGCUUUUUCCAAUUUUACUGUACUCUAAAAAUACUCGAUUUCACCUUCAUGGCAGCCGCGACCCCUUAAUCCAUUCCAAAUGCGACCAACAAAAAAAGCUUUUUCUUCUUUAUUUUUUUAGUCAUUUUUUUGUUGAUAAAUUCAAUACACGAUCAUUUUCAACUUUUCAAAGCGUUCUUAAAAUUAUAAAUUUAUUAUUUUUUUCAACUUUUUUUAAUAAAUCUAGGUCUCGUGUUAACAAGUCCAUUUUUUUCACCCUAAAAAGAUAAGAUUUUUAGAAAAAAAGAUCAUUUCUGAAACUAUCAAGCGUUAUAUUCUCUUUCCAUGGUUACGGUUUGCUGUUUCGUUUAUUUUUAUUCAGAAAAAAGUUUUUUGAUAAACUUACGAAUUCGAAAAUUUUUAUAGAGGUCCCAGAAAAAAGCCUUGAGCCAUUCCUAAUGCGACCAAAAACUGAAAAGCUCGAGACUUCCUUUUUUGGUGAACUAUUUAUUUAUUUUUUUGUUGGUAGAUUCAAUAUACCACCAAAUUUCGGUCUUUGUGUCACGUGGGAAUAAGUCCAUCUUUUUAGAUUAGUGGCCACCUAAGGGAUUGAAAGUUAGUGGCCACUAUAGAGGCCUCUGUGCUACAACUAGAUAUAUUAGUGGCCACUUUAGGGGUCAAUGGAUCAACAUAACUGGUCCAAUCUGUUUGUUUUAAAAUUAUCAGAGUUACUGGACGGAAUACUGGAGGAAAACUACUGAAGUGGCCACUAAAUAGAGAAUCUCUAUAGUGGCCACCUAAACGGAAAAUAGUGGCCACUAUAGAAGUGGGUUCAGUGACCACUUUAGUGUCUUCUCAAAGUAGUCCUUGGCGAGCCUCUGUAGUGGCCACUAAAAAAUUUCCCAUCUUUCAAAUUUUCAUUCAUUUGACUAUUUCAGAUUGAAACGGUUAACUGAAUACGGUUUGCUUUCUGAGAGCCAAUGGGACCCGUUAAGAUACCUCAGUGCGAUGGAAUAUUCCAAAUUUGAAGACGUUAAGGUUCGUUUUCAGGAAAGAAUAUUCAAAAAUUUUUAUUUUUCUGCAAAAAUUCAAGUUUUUCUAUUGCAUCUUUGACAUUAUCACAAUUUUUUUGACGAAUAGAAAAAUAAAAUGUUUAUUAAGGAAAGCCUGAGUGGUCCCUAUAGGGCAAGCUCAAGGGCUCUUGAAGAUUCCUCUCUAGGGACCACUUUACCUCCGCUAUAGGGCCACUAGGCUUUCAAGUAACCACUUUAGGGGUUUUUGUUGAUGGCCAUUCUAGAAAAGCAUGUCGAUUAUAGGAAAGAUCAUUUUCAUGCGAAAAAAAACAAAAAAAAUAAAAGACCCCUGUAGGGACCACUUAAGCUUCAGGGGAUUAGAGGCCAUCCCCUAAACCCCAUCUAGGGACCACUUUUUGUUCCCUAUAAAGGCUGUUUUUGCCCAAACCCCUAUAGGGACCACUUUCGCGUAGAAUUCCUUUUUUUCUGAUUACUUUUUUUUCUCCAGAUCACCUACGAAAACGACAAAAAUCUAGGCGAGUAUCAAAUUUUGACGGCGAGAAAGCCGAUCGAUAGCUUUGUGAGUUGUUUAUCAAUCUUAUCAUAAAUUUUUGGACUUGUUCAGGAUUCAAACGAUCCUGAAGCGAUGAUGAACGAACUGGCGAAACAAAUCAAAGAAGAACGGGUCAAUUUGGAGUUUUUAAAGAACCGGAGACGGAAACCGGACUUCGAAGAGAAAAAUUGA